CAAGCCUCGUUUGGCUAUAAAAGAGUCCAGCUAAUUGGCCAACAGCAUCAGUCGCUGACCAUUCAUCCCAACUCAACAACAUGAAAUUCCUCAUCUGCUUGGCUCUCUGCUUCGCCGUCGCCCAGGCUGGCUUCCUGGCCUCACCGGUGGCCACUUAUGCCGCGGCACCUGCCUAUGCAGCCACUUAUGCCGCCGCACCCAGCUAUGCAGCUACCUACGCAGCUCCAGUGACCACCUACUCGGCCGCCGGCCUGCCCGCCGCCUACUCCACUUACCACGCUGCCGCGCCCGCAUACGCAGCCUCCGUGUACAGCGCGCCGGCGUACGCAGCGCCCGUGGCCACCUAUGCUGCACCCGCCUAUGCUGCACCCGCCUAUGCUUCCCCAGUUGCCACCUAUGCUGCUCCUGGUGUCAUCAGCUCCUUCCUGAAGAAGAAGUAGACUGUUUGACAAAAGCAUAUUCCUAUAACUGCGCCCAUUUGAUUAA